ACUGAAAAACUAUGUGGCCACAGGCAGAAAGUUGUAGCUUAAGCAAAUUUACAUUACCACAAAUUAACCACCAAUGCAAAGUAUGGCAAAUCAUAAGUUUAUAGUGAUAAUUUAGCAAUUGAUUUCAGUAUGUGUUUUUCAGUAUGUGUUGCAUUUGCAGCACCAAACACACACAGCUACAUAUGCAUAUGCCUUCAUGUGCACUUUCACACAUGUAAACAAACACUUGUGGUCAAAAAUGCAUAUGCAACAUAUGCAGACUCAUGCAGGGACAGACAUGAGCAUACGUUCAUAUGCACGCAUUAAAAACAUUUGAUAAAAAGAAAAACUAAUAUAAAACAGAUGGCUGUUACAUAUAGUUGUUGGAUAUAAACCAGCUGAUUAGCACUGAUAACAAGUUUCGGUUUCACACAAAACAAAAAAAUAUCUGAUAAUGAAUCAACUUUCCAUUCACGAUUGACUCAUUGGCAGCACGUCAACAAUCCCCUAACCCAGUUUCUAACAAUCCCCUAACCCAGUUUCUAAUGGUCCGAAAAUGGAUUGAAACUGUGGCUAUUCUCAAAGGCUACUGUGUCCUUGUGCUUGGGGUACGGGGUUAGUGUGGCGUCACUUACUUGAGAGCAUCUCAUCUCUGAUAGGAAACCUUCAUAGAAAAGUAGCCACAGAAACCCCAAAACCCACAGCCUUCAUACGUUGCUCUUUUUUAGGUUGUGCACCUAUAUAAACCCCCGGCCCCUUUCCGAUCAUCAACACUCACCUGCUGACUAGCAUCAGGUCACAACCUUGUGUUUAAAUUCGCUUGGUUCACAGCACCGAAACACAAAGAAUGGAUUCUUGGCUCAACAUGAUGCUGCUGUGUGGACUUCUGUUAAUAGCAUCUCUUCAGACAACCAACUCAUUCAGAUUUCGACGGUCCAAUUCGAAGUCCCAUUUGGCGACAAAUAUCCACUCUCUGCAAGAUCAUUAUAAAACACGUGGCACAGAAUGGGUUUCAAAGUCUGUUUUUGUUUCUCAUCUGAACCAGCUGAAUUCCAAGGCUUCUUGCACUUGUCAGGCGCUGUUGCUUGAAAGAAUGCUGAACUUCUACGAAGAACUUUUCGAAGACAUGAAGUCUAAGCAUAAAGAUGAGAGAAAAGAGAUAGAAUAUGUAAUGAAUGAGGUGCAAAAGCUGAGACAAAAUUAUACUGCAGAACAUAAAGUAUGGAAAGAGCUUCAGGAAAUGAACUCACUCAAGGUGAAAAAUGGAACAAUCCGAGGAGGAGCAUUAAAUGACUUUCUCAUGGUGUUUGCUCGGGCCUAUACAGAAAAACACAAUUAGGUUUAAGGAGAAGAUCCAAAAGUCAUGUCUUUCAUUUAGUAAACUUGUGCUUUGUUAUUGUAUUAGCCUAUUUAUUUAUAAAUUAUAUGGAAAUAAUUAUUUAUUUUUUACUUUUAUAAUGUACUCUACUACACCAUCCAUAACUUAUAAUCUAACUUAUUCUUAUCACAAGUGUGUUUGCAUCAUUUACAGUGUACAGAAAUGGUGAACGUUGAUUUCUAACUGGAUUUGCUUGAAAUAUUCUGUGAGCUUCACUGGCUAAAUGGUUAAUUACAAUAAAUUAAUUUUGCAUUAA